GUUAUCAAUCUAUUCUAGAGAGAGGCGAGAAAAAGAACUUCGUUUACUUCGAAGAAGAAUCCAUUUGCAGCCAUGGCGAGGCACGAUACAAGAACGCGAUGGCUGAAGCUGACAGAUAUCCUCUCUCAAGAUCGUUUGUCAUCGACGCAUGCGCACUACCAGCCUACUUCAAAGUGGCGGAUUACAGGUCGUUCUUGCAUAAAUGGGGAACUGGUGUGGUCGUCGACGUUGAGGUCGGUACGAAGGUUAUUAAGCGAUUCAGGUCAUCUGACACCGAUUUUGUAAAGCACAUUAGUAAAAAGUAUCCGGAAGCGCUCAAGUCUGGCGGCGGUUACAUGGGAUAUUCCAGUUCUGUGGUUGUAGACAUUGGUGCAAUCUCGUCAAAGCUCGAUAGCCCGGAUUUCUUCGGAGAGCACUCGGAGACGCUUCGCAUCGGAGGAUAUGACCGACCGGAACCAAUCCGUAUCAAGGUCAUAGGCAUUCAUGAGAUCUUUACAGAUGUCUUUUGGCAGCUGUUGGAUGAAUACGUAACAGAUGGACUUUGUGACGUCACUUUCAAAACCCGGAUGGCGGGGGUACGCAGUAACAUCAGACGUGCACUAGAACAGUUCGCCGGUCGGAACAACGCUCAAAUGGCAAAGGACCCUGUGAUACAGGUUCCCUUGACGUGGCCAUAUGGUACCUACACCCUUCCCAUGCCUAAGGUUGGAUGCCCCGUCGCACAUUUCUACUGGAGAACAGGCUCACGCUUCCAGGACACCGAGAAGUACUUACCCAACAACUACUGGUCCGACCCAUGCCAUCUGGAGGGUCCUUACCACUUCUACAACGUCGAGCAGAACUUCUGUUCCAAGACCGUACCUGCAGAGGAUGACUACGACUGGGAGUGGCCUCAGGGAGAAUACUGCAUCCUGAAGAAGGGCGCCGAGUGUCCCUCAGGUUUUGACGAAGGCUGGGUCCUCUGGGAUGACAGCGACGUCCUCAAUUCCAACCGAGCUACGGGUGAGCUCCCCGAGGGCGAGUACGAUCGCGACACUCUGAUGUACUUCUGCUGUCGUGAAGACGGUUCAGCCUCGACCGAAGUCUUCCUCCCGACCGACGACAACUUCUUCCUUUACCAGAAAGCUUCGACGUGCCAACAGGUGUUUGGGAUGAGUGUUAACGAGGAGUUCUUCCGGUGGGACGGGGAGGACGAUCGCGUGGUGCUUAGGGACUACGUUGGUGGAAGUACACCUUAUAACACCGGUGAGGACAGCGAUCAUAAGAUACACUACUGCUACUACUACACCGGUGAGAUGGACUAACACGGAAGUAUUAACAUCAGACUAUGGGCGUGCACCAUUAGCUUGGGAGACAACAUGGUAACCAUGGGCCUACAAUAGAGAGUUUUCGCAACCGCAACGGGAUGGAUUCAAGAACACAGUAAAUGUAUUAACAAUGCCCGUCAAAUGACAAAGAACCGCUGGUAGGUCUUUGUCAAAAAUUGCUGAACCGGAACACCAGUUUCGUCCUACGUUUCGGAGCUGACGAAAAAUUGCGAAUUAUGUCGUUUGCCCAGAGUCCAGGAAGAAACUGUUGAUUUGAUUCACCACUUUUCGGCAAAGUCUUCUUUGUUUUGAUUUGUUAUGAAGGGCGUUUGACAAUACAUUUUCCAUGUUCUUGAAUCCGUCGUCCGCCAUGCUGGAGCGAAAAUCAAGGGGUUUUAAGAAAUUGAUUGAAUUUCAAUAUGGACGCAUUAAAACGCAAAACCAUCAACAGGAUCAUACAUGAUUAGAUGAAUGCAAUAUCGGCUGGCUAAAAAAUAAGGGGAAAAGAAUGAGAAAGAAAGAGAUACGUAAAGGGGGAAUAAGAAAUUAUUGUUUAUUAUAUCAAGAUUUGAUUCGUGAGACAUGUAUCGUAAUCGCAUCAUUUGGUCGGUGA